UACGAAGAUUCCCCGCAUGUCUCGACAUCUUCGAGAGAACUAAUCUGCCAAAUUCAAGUGUAGAACCAAGCGCGGCUGUCCUCACUGCCCAACUUGCUUCGAUGAUGCCUGAGGGGCAAGAUGGCGAGAAUGCCAGUUUGGCACGAGUCCUCCUCCAAGCUCCUACACACUUGACGAUUACCGAACAUUAUAAAUUCCUUAUUUACCGGAUUUCGAAUAACAUGUGAUUUUCCGAAACCUCGAACGGCCUCCUCUGUUGGAUGAGGACAGUCAAUAUGCUCGAAGACUCAGGCAUCAUGAGUUUGGAACUCUCAGCUGGGAAACCCGCAGGUCCAACAAUCAAUGCGUUUGCUGAGAAGUUCUUCCGGAUGGCAAUGCUUGUGAUUAUUGAACUGACUGGAGGCUCCUCGCCAGGAUCGGGGAUGGACUUGUUGUACUUCGAUUUGCCGGAUUCCGAAUUCGACUUGAGGUUGAGGCGCAAAAGUUUAGUGGAGGCCGAGAAAGCAAGAAUGAAGAAGGUUGUGCUUUGGCUGCUGUCCUUGGGGCAAAGUCCAGACAUACAUAUCGGGGGGCAUUGGGCUCCAGACCCUGAUACACCACUGGGAAUUGCUUUGUCGCUUAAUGACCCGGACCUCGCGCUUCAGCUGCUGGAUGCAGGUGCUGAUCCAGCCUUUUCAUACACAGGGUUCCACAAAGCUCUGGGCGGCAAAUACGGCCGAUUCCCUGAUUUUGACCUCGAUGGAAAGAUGGCUGCAGUCUUCAAGCGACUCGCAGAUUCUGGCCUCCCCUUGGACGAAGAUCAUCAGGGGGAAUCGGCUUUGAUGCUCGCUGUUUGGCGCGGUAGUCUGACUGCGGCUGACAUACUGAUCCAGUCUGGAGCCAACGUCUUGUGGAGUUCUUAUGUUACCGGUCACUCUUUACUCUCCCAUACUAUUACUCCUAUCAAAAAAGCUAGCGUACUCGGGUACGCAGCCGCCUCCUGGGAGGAAGCGAGGGCGAUGGAACUCAUCAAGCUUUUGACGGAACAUGCGCAUUCAACAUGCCCAUCAACGCCAUUAUCGGAAUUUUUUGAGUUGGACGUUGUCAUGGAAGCUUCCUCGAAGGGUCACGUCUUGGUGCUCGAAUACCUUCAUCAGAUUGGGUAUGACAUUACUGGUGCUGAAAGCAAUGGGUUCACUGCCUUGCACGUCGCUGCAUCUGCAGGGCAUUACUGAGCCUGCAAGUGGCUUCUUGAUCACGGCUCUUUGGUAGACGGACCAGAACUGUCGAACAAGGUUCCGUCCCCUAUCAUCUUUGCAGCUUUGGGCGGCUGCGAGGAUGUCGUCAAACUUCUACAUUGGACAAGAGCUGAUCUCAACACCAGCCUGGUUUUCGAGGCCAAUGACGAUUUCUGGAUAACCCAGGCCUGGAUAUCCUAUUUUCACCUUCUCGCAUGGCGAGAUUCGCAUGCAGUUCGCCAAUUGGGGGGUAACUCCAUCAACCCAGCAGGU